AUGGCCCCUAUAUGUUCACCAACUAGUACCUUAUUUGGUCUAUUAGGUACUACUAUAGCUACUUCAUUCUCUAAUUUAGGAGCUGCAUAUGGAACUGCUAAGGCAGGUUUAGCAAUAGCAUCAUGUGGUGUAAUGAGACCAGAUUUAGUGAUGAGAUCAAUUAUUCCAGCAAUUAUGGCAGGUAUUUUGGGUGUAUAUGGCUUAAUUGUAGGUAUUAUUAUCUCUGCCCGUAUUACUCAACCAUAUUCUUCUUAUCAAGGAUUCUGCCACUUGGCUGCAGGGAUAAUUGCAGGUUGUAGCUGUGUAGCCAGUGGUUUUGCAAUUGGUUUAGCUGGAGAAGCUGGUAUUAGAGGUAUUGCUCAACAAAGUAAACUCUUUGUUGCUACAAUUCUUAUACUUAUCUUUGCGGAGGCUUUGGCUAUAUAUGGAUUAAUUGUAGCUUUAGUUCUAGCUACAAGUAGUGGAGGCGAGGAUUUAUGUAUAACUUACUAG